UAUAAAUUAAAUGUACAUCCUUUUAUUUGUAAUAUUAUAAAUGCUCGAAUUCUGGAUGAGCCAUUGGAGGGGCAAGGAAGAAAUCAAUUAUGAUAUACAUAUAAGGAUCCCCGGACGAGGGAUGUGAUCAGAAGUAGAAAGUCAGUCAAUCAGUUGUUACUGUGAAAGUUCUUAUGUCUAUGAGAUAUACAUAGUGCGAAGUAUUGUUCUUUCUCUCAUCGAUUCAUCUAGUUUUAAGCAUGAAAUCAAUUGAUAUAUGAAGAUCCCCGGACAAGAGAUAUUAUCAGAAGUAGAAAGUCAGUCAAUCCGUUGUUACUGUGAAAGUUCUUAUGUCUAUGAGAUACACAUAGUGCGAAGUAUUGUCCUUUCUCUCAUUGAUUUAUCUAGUUUUAAGCGUAACAUUUAAACGCUGGAACACUCCACGUGGAAAUAAGAGUAAGUUUGUUUCGCUCACUAUAUGCGGAUCAACUCUUUCGAUGAAAUAUGAGCACCAUGAAUCAAACUAACUCACGUCUCAAUAUGGAUGAUGGAGAAGAAAUCGUUAUCUCUGGUAUUGCUGGUCGAUUUCCUGACACAAACAAUUUAAAAGAGUUUCAAGAAAAUCUUUCGAACAAGGUGGAUCUUGGUUCGAGUAAUCAUGGACGGUGGAAUAAUUGUUAUAAUAUGUGUCAUCGAAUCGGUAAACUCAACAACUUAGAAAAGUUUGAUUCGGAAUUCUUCAACAUACCUGCUGCAGAAGCUCACAUGAUGGACCCUUCGGCCAGAAUGUUCCUUGAGCAUACUUAUGAAGCAAUUAUUGAUGCCGGUGUUAAUCCUAAAGAAUUACGGGGAACAAGAACAAGUGUUUUGACAGGAAUCUGUGUGUCUGAUACGGAAAAUUAUUUUAUUUAUAGAAAACCUCAGGUAUAAUAUAUAUUCUAUGAUCUAAA